AUGAACGCCUUCGAGACCAUCACUCGCCUCUCCUUCCAGCACAUUGGACCAGAGACAACCUACAAGAUCUUUACCUCGCUCGUGUUGAUCUAUGCUCGUGUCAAUCAACUCAAGAUCUUCCUCGGCAGCAUGAGUCUCAUGACCUACUUGAUGUUUCCAUCCAUCGCCAGCAUCAUCAUCUCUCUCCGCGCAUCUUCGAUCCAAAUGCGCAUCGGUUGCCCCCUUCUGAUGCUGGUCAUCUUGAUGUGGGCCCUCGAUCGCGAAACCGCCUCGGACAGCCUGACAACGAGACGCCUGAACAAGCGCUUGUCCGACAUACGCCUACGCAUCGACGCUACCAUGUUUUGCAUCAACCGGAAAAAGAGAGCAGGGAUGCAACUUCACGUUGUCUCAGGUGGAAUGUAA